AUGUACUCCGGAAAGGUGGUUAUCCUGCUCGCCGUGCUGGCGGCCUGCUGCUCGCUCAGCUCGGCGAACCCACACUUGGAGAAGGUGGACAAGUACAUGCACUGUAAGACGUGCGACAAGUACGCCCUCAUCAUGGACGGCUGGGUCUUCUCCAUGUACAACCUGCUCGUCGGCGUGGGCGUGAAGGUGCCGCAGGCGCUCUGCUACUCCCUGCACCUCGCCUUCUUCCUGGUCGCUGUGCUCAAUCAUCUCUUGAAGGUUGACAUCCGUUUGCUCUGGAGCGGUAUCAGCAACAUGAUAAAGGAGGUGAUAGCCGACGAGUACCUGAGAGCAGUCCUGAAAGAAGUCGGCUUGAAACUGAUCACCGUCAUUGAACUGGAGUUCUGCCGGUAA